GAGGGGUGGGGCUGGUAUGCCACCGCAUUGCAAUCCUACAGAGAGUUGCAUUGAUACCUAGUGAGGUAAUACAUAGUCCUCAGAGAGAAGUGUAGUGAUCGAGUUGUCUUGUCUAGAGCCAUCGCCAUAGAGGAAGCAAGCUUACUUCCAUGAAUGGCAAAUGAACGAUUUCGAUUUACAAUGAGUGCACACACUUCAAAGACAACGGUUAUUUUAUAUUGGCUUGUACUAAACGUCAUUUCUAUGGCCUGUGGCAAUGUUUCGAAUACUGACAGCACCACACUCUUUGUAUCGCUGCCCUCAACAAGCUUCACACAAGGACGACUAUUAACUACAAUCCAACCCAGUGGUAGUGGUCCAAACCCGACCUUUAAGAUAAACUACAGUGAAGAUUGCCCUGAAGAUAUAUUUACUAUUGGUCGAUUAAACGGUGAACUGUCAUUGAUAAGACCUGUAGAUUUCAGUGGGGAAACAUUGAAUCCACAAUGUCGAACUAAUACACUGGGAGACUACUUGAUAUCAAUCCAUACCUAUUACUGUACUGUGAGAGAAAGUAACUUGUAUGGUAUCAAUGUUGUCGUAAACGUUAUCCCUGUUUUGAAUACAACUCAACUCAUGUUUCCAGAAACAUUCUAUAGCGGUGUCGUGGUUGAGGGGGUGGAGAACGCCACUGUGAUUCUAACUGAUAACAACGCCCCCUUGCUAGCAUUAACAGGCCCUGCUCUGGGGUUGCUCAAUCCUCAGUAUCGCAUUCUAGGAGAUCAUACUGAUAACUUCACCGUCAUCACCCAACGCAUCAGCUGUGAGAUUCACCCAACAAUAGUAACUGAUCAUAAACUGCAGAGCCCUGAGGCAUCUUUGAUAAACAUUACAUUGGAGGCCUAUUUUGGUACAUUUUCAGCCACAACUAUGAUCAUUAUUCAAGUGUUGGACAAUAAUGACCAAACUCCACGCUUCACUGCACCACCUAGUACACUAACUGUGAGUGAGGACACGUCAAUAGGAGCUGAGUUGGAACAAUUCACCGCUACCGAUGGAGAUUCUCAGAUAAAUGCAGAUAUUCGAUUCAGCAUUUCCACAACUGCCUCCCCAUUUACCAUCCACCCUCUAACUGGACACCUUUCUCUGUAUACGCCCCUCGAUUUCGAACAAAAACCAAGUCAUGAGAUAUCUGUGACAGCUUCUGAUUUGGGGUUUCCCAGCUUAACUGCACAUUCCAACGUAACUAUAUUCACGAGCGAUGACAACGAACUCCCACCUGUGAUUAAUGUCCUAAAUAUGCAACAAUUGAAUGUAUUUGAGAAUGCUCCCACAGGCACUAAUAUUACUACUUUCAUUGUGACCGACCCAGACUCAACUGUUGCUACGGUUACUAUUGUCAAUAUUGCACCAGAAAAUUACUUCUCUUUGGAGGCAGACACAGCAACGCAGUAUCGCAUUACUGUGCAGAAUCCAUCCAUAAACUUUGAAACUUCUCCCAAUGGUGUGUAUAAAGUCAUACUAACUGCUACAGAUGAUGGCGGACUUUCAAGUUCAUUAGAACUUGUUAUUGCUGUCGUUGACGAAAAUGAGCCACCGUUGUUUCAAGAGAAUGCAUACGAAGUGAGUGUGAGAGAAGGUAUACCUGUUGGGAGUGUCGUAUACCAGCUGUCAUCUAUCGAUCCAGAUACGGGAACUUUUGGUAUUCUGACAUACUCGAUAGUUGGAACACAGCCAUCUUUGUUUGAAGUGAACGGGGAGAGUGGAAGUAUAUACAGCACUCGUGAAAUUGACUAUGAAACGCUCACAACAACAUCUUUUGUGUUUGAAGUAACUGUCUCCGAUAACGCUAACUCCGACUCUGCUACCUUGACCGUGAAUAUUGUUGAUGAGAAUGAUAACGCUCCCACGUUCCCUGUACCCUCGGAAAACGUAUCAGUAUCCGAGUCUCAUGAUCUGAAUGUGUUCCUCCAUUUGUUCUCAGCGAAUGACCUAGACUCAGGCUGCAAUGGUGCAGUAGAAUACACAAUACUUUACUCAGCACCAGAAAAUGUCUUCAGAAUUGACUCGUUCUCCGGUUAUUUGUAUCUCGAUAAUAAUCCUUUAAACUAUAAUGCCUACAGGAGUGCUGUUGUCGUGGUUAGAGCCACUGACUUGGGAGAUAGGUGGAGAAACUCUGCCGAGGCCACACUGUACAUCUCAAUAAAUCAAGCCAAUACCAAAGCCCCAAAUAUUGACCCGAUAAACUGUCCUUGCUUUAUACAGGAGAACCUCCCUGCAGGACAAACGUGUCCUCCACUGACCGCUUCUGAUGCUGACAGUGCUAAUCUACAAUUCAGGAUUGUAUCUGGAAAUGAACUGAACCGAUUCGCUAUUAAUUCCGCCACUGGCGUUGUACGAUCUACAGUUUCUAUAGAUCGUGAGGAUCAAUCUGGAGCUAGUUACAGUUUAGAGAUUGAAGUAUCUGAUGGAACUUUCUCUUCUGAACCACAAAUGUUGAAUAUUAUGAUUUUGGACGUAAACGACAAUAAUCCACUCUAUACAGGAACAAUUAAUAUUCAAGCACCAGAAAAUUUGGAAAUAGGGGAUCUAGUCGGCUCUGUAGCUGCCAGUGAUGGUGACGCAGGCUUUAAUGCACUUAUCGACCACCAGUUCGAUUCAUCAACACCUCAACUUGCAUUGGAUGCAUUCAGACUUGAUCCACUCUCAGGGGACCUUUUUGCAAAACGAACUCUGUCUCAAACCGAUAACUACUCUUUCUUUGUAAUAGCUACAGCAAUUAUUGGCGGCCAACAAUCUUCUACGCAGGUGGUAAUUUCAGUCUCUGGCUUAAAAAAUAAUCCACCUAUUUUCCGACUAUCGAGGGACCACUACACAGUAGCAUCUGAUCUGAUGAUAGGAAGAGUUGUUGCAAUUGUUACAGCAACUGAUGACCCUGGUUCUGUAUUAACAUACAAUCUCUUUGAGGGCCUUGGCAACCAUUCUGACCUGUUCACUGUGUCCCCCUCAGGGGCUAUUACGAGUGCACAAAGCUUGAGGGAAAUGGAGGGAAAUGUUUACUCUCUUACUGUAUCCGCAAGCGAUGACGGAGCUCCGGUUUAUACUGCAUACCAAGAAAUACUCAUAUCAGUGUACGCAUCAGACCAAUCAGGACUCUCAUAUAACUCAGCCGUGUUACCAUGCCAUUUCAGUGGAACCAUUCAAGAGAUCACAAUCCCAAAUUCAGACAAUUUUGGUAUUAUUCCUGAAAUUCCAAUCACAAUAGGAGCAACCAUGGUUACUUUACUCGACUCAAUCAAUGGAACCUUUAUCAUUGAAUACUUUGAAAAUGUAAAUAUUGCUGUUUUAUCACUUGUUGGUGGGAAAGGCCCGGGAAUCCUGCAAAGCCGUGAAGCAGUAUUUCUCCAAAUGCAAGUCGUGUAUGGUACAAAUUUUCAUCGAUGUUCGCUUACCGUUAUAAUUGACGACAUUAACGAUCACGCUCCACAGUUUACCGAAUCAAGUUACUCGUUUGAAGUGUACGACGAAACACCAAUCGGAUCUUCAGUAUUUCAACUCACUGCAACAGAUGAGGAUUUUGGGUCACUUUCUGAGCCACAAUUGUAUCGAAUUUCAUCGUCUUCUGAGUCAGUACCAUUCAGUAUUGACUCAAAUACUGGUGAUAUCAGAGUUAGCAAUUCUCUAAGUCAAACUACUUACACCUUCAUCGUUGAAGCUGUGGACGAUACUUCAUUCCCGCCAAAUAACGUUAAGACAGCCACAACUACUGUACAGGUUACUGUCGUGGAAAAAACAAACCGUCCUCCUAGUCUGACAACAAUCACUGGAGAAACCCGUUUCACUAUCCCCGAGAAUAUGUCGGGAAGAAUCACUGGUUCUCGUUUAGAGGUCACAGAUUCGACUGACAUUGGGAGGUUUGCAAUUAACAGACUCUGUAUCGCUUCUGGUAACGAACAAAAUAUUUUCUCCAUUGCCCAGAGUGGAGAUCUUAAUGUACGAGAAGGUUUGGACUUUGAGUCACAUGCGUCUAUAUUCAACCUUGUACUAAUGGCCUACGAUACAACUGCCAACCCCACGUUCCAAACAAUACCAGUGUCAAUCAAUGUUACGGAUGUGAACGACCAAGCUCCCGUCUUCACUGCUCAAAUAUACCGAGCUUUCAUUCCAGAGGAUGCAGCUGUCAACUCUCCUGUUCUCCUGGUGCAUGCUGACGACAGAGAUGCUGGUGUGAAUGGCAAUGUACAAUACUCUUUACAAUCGUCCCUGUUCUCAAUUGAUGCUACUACUGGAUGGAUCACAUUAUUAACCACACUUGACAGGGAAUUCUCUCCCACGUACACUCUGGUGGUUACCGCUACUGACCAGGGAAACCAACCACUCUCCAGAAACGCUAUGGUUGAGAUAACACUUCUGGAUGUAAACGAUAAUUCUCCACAAUUCAUCAUGCCUAGUUCACCAGUGUCGUUUCCUGAAGAUACAAGUAUUGGUUCAGUGAUUCUCUCUUUGCAAUCUACCGACAAUGAUACUGGAGCUAAUGGGCAGGUGGUCUAUCAAAUUCUAAGUGGUAAUGAAGAUUUUGUGUUUCAACUAAACCCCUGGACUGGCGAUGUGAUGCUUGCCAAAGAAGUGGACUACGAAGAUGAGGCCAGAAGAAUGCACCAAGUCGUGUUUCAAGUUCUAGACUUAGGAAUUCCACUAAUAUCAGUUGGUACAAGUAUUUCUGUCGAUUUCAGUGUGCAGAAUGUCAACGAUAACUAUCCCAUCUUUACCUCUCAAGUGUACGAAUGUUCAAUCGCAGAGGGAGGGGCCACCCAGUUCAUCACCCCCUGUCAAGUGUCUGCAGUCGACAACGAUGCAAUCAUGAAUAUCGUUGAAUACUCACUAUUGGAAGCAACUACUCCGUUCAGUAUCGAUCAAAAUACUGGCAUCGUCAGCAGAGCCUCGUCUAUUGAUAGAGAAACCAUCAGUCAGUUUGUACUGAAAGUUCGUGCUCAAGACUCGGGAUCCCCUCAGAAAUCAGCCAUAGCUCUGGUACAGAUUACAAUUCUUGAUGUUGAUGACACGCUCUCAGUUUUGGAUUCUCCUGAUUCUGUAUUCGUCUCAGAAAACCUCCCCUUCAAUUCACUGCUCUUCUUCGCUCGUGUAAGAAAUAACAAUGGUGAUUCUCAGUUCUUAAAUAUCUCGUACUCAUUACUGAAUGGCAAUGGCCUGUUCCGAGUUCAUGCUACUACUGGUGCCAUGUUUCUCAAUGGAAAUUUAGAUUACGAAACGGAAACUACUCACAGUUUACAGGUGGUUGCAUCAACUCCGUCAUCAUCACAGCGAGUGUUUACGUACACAAUAAAUGUUGUCGAUAGCAAUGAGAAUAUCUUUCCACCGGUAUUCCAAGAAGCGAAUAAUUCCUUGGUUGUCAGAGUUACCAGAGAUACACCUGUGGACACACCAAUUACCACUCUGAUAGCUGAGGAUGUUGGAGCUCCAUCCAUCACUUACCACACUAUGGGGGGUACUGGAUAUGGCUACUUCAAGAUUGAUAUCAACACUGGAAUUGUAACGACAGCCUUUUCCCUGCGUGGAGUUACAGAGAACUCGUUAGUACUGGAGGUGUUGGCAAGUGAUGGCGGACCUUACCCUCUGAGCACAAAGAUGUUGCUAACUAUUGAACUGGCUACUGCAAGAGAUACUGCUCCUUUGUUUGCAAGCCCUGUGUUUAUGGUAGACCUCACAGAGCCAGUAGACAUGAACUACAUCAUUACCACUGUGAGAGCAGAAGUGGGUGGAUACUACGAUCCUGAGAUUUGCUAUUCCAUAUCGAGCAUUUCCAACACUGAAAACCUAUUCUCCAUCAACAAUGCUACAGGCUCUAUUUCAUCCAAUUCUGGACCCGGAGCAUACGAAGAAGGAAGAACGUACGAUCUAAUUGUGACUGCCUCGAAGCAAGGCAUCCCGGAAAUGUCAACUGCGCUUGUGUUAAUGAAUUUCAUUACUUCAAAUUCAUUUAUUCCGGAUUUUAGACAGUCAGGCUACGAUAUGUCACUGGUGGAGACCUACCCAACUGGUGCAGAUAUGCCCUUUGUACGAGUCUUUGCAAGAGAUGAUAAUCUUGGAGAGAAUGGAAGAGUUUCUUACACACUGGAGAACGAGAUCUCUCUUCCCUUCGCAAUCUCAGUAACUACUGGCGAUAUGUACUUAACAAGCUCUUUAGACAGAGCCGCAACAGCAAGCUACAUGGUAUCUGUUCGAGCACAAGAUAAUGGAUCACCAAUGCUGCAAAGAACAACCAUGUUCACCAUCACUAUUGUACCUGCAGGUGUUUCUGCAUCUCCACUACCGACCUAUCAAAAUCAAGGCUUGUUACAAGUGAGCGAGGCAGCUGUAACUGAUUUCAAUGCUCUCAGAACCUUAACCCCCACGAGCACAAUCCCACACACUUUAAUGUAUAGUAUUCGUAAUGCACCAGUGGAGUUUGCAAUCACCCCUAACAGCGGUGAGAUUUAUCUGACGGCUCCAUUGGACCGUGAAAAUACGCCAACUUACUCUCUUACUGUGGAUGUAUGGGAUGGUUUUUCUGGACACACCGUUACUACCACCGUUCAAGUUAGUGUCACUGAUGAAAAUGAUAACCGGCCGCAGUUCACGUCUGAUGAUGUAAUCACUAGUAGUGUCCUUGAACACAGUUCUGUUGGAACCCCCGUGGCCAACUUGGACACUACAGAUGCUGACUCUGCAAUGAACUCAAUGCUCAGCUUCUCCAUCGUUGAUGCACUGCAUGCAGAGUCUCUCUCUCAAUUCUCUUUGACAACAGGGGGUGCUCUUGAAGUCAGUGGAGAUAUCAAUCGAGAGCAAAUUCCAGUUCAUUUACUGACCGUUGCUGUAACAGAUAAUGGAACUCCAGCUCUGACCAACUAUGCAAGAUUGGUAAUUACUGUGUUGGAUGCUAACAAUCACGCUCCCGAUUUUCCAUUCCCAAUUUCUGAAAUUUUCAUUCCAGAGGAUGUUAAAACUGAUUCCACCAUACAUACAGUUGCAGUGUUUGAUCCUGACGUUGGUGACAAUGCAAGAAACUCAUACAGUCUUCUGACAAACAAUGUACCAUUUCAGAUUUUAUCGCAAACAGGUGAACUACAAGUCACAAGCACUCUGGACGCUCAAGUCCAAUCACAGUACACUCUCGUUAUUGAAGCCGAAAAUAUCGCUGCUCCGGAAGUUGUUACCAAUCAAAUAACGCUCACUGUCAAUGUACUGGAAGUACUCAACUCUGGCCCAGUAUUAACACAAUUGAAUACAGUAUCUGUACAAGAAAAUGCUCCCCCUUACACUCGAGUGGCGUCUUUCUAUGAUUCGUCGAAUACUCACCCGGUGUAUUACAGCGUUGCUAGUGGAAAUGAGCUCGGACGAUUCUUCAUAGAACCUCUCACAGGUGUGUUGAGAACAUCACGCCCCCUCGAUAGAGAGCAACAGGCCGAGUACACUCUCACAAUCCGAGCCAGCUUUGGGGGUGGCCUGGACACUAUCCAGGCCGUGCAAGUGCUCGUGUUAGACGAAAAUGACAACUCACCACAGUUCCCGGCAGAGUUUCUGCAGCUGGAUAUACCUGAGAAUACUCUUGCACCGAGAAUUUCUCUUAAUGUGACGGACCCAGAUGAAGGCACUAAUGCUGUGUUCAGUUUGUUUCUCAUUGCCGAUAGUUUUGCUGCAGAUUUCUUUACAGUGGACAUGUCUGGAUACCUACAGCUCACAAGACCUCUGAACAGAGACGAUUUCGAGUACGUUGUGUUCACUGUUUUCAGUUUCGAUUCUGGAGUUCCAGUUCGUUACUCGAGCGCACAGAUACAGGUGAACGUAUUGGAUGUGAACAACAACUUGCCGAGGUUUGAACAGCCAAGCUAUACAUUCACGUUAAGCACCCCUGCAGUCAUCAACACCCCCUUGUUCAGCGUCAGGGCAACAGAUAAAGAUCUUGGAGCAUCUGGUCUAGUACAAUAUUCGCUGAGCGGCUCUAACAAGUUUACUAUCAGUUCCAGCACUGGUGAGAUUAGUUUGAGUGAUAAUUUCGGGCUGGAGCCGUCCUAUCAGCUGACAGCAACGGCCACCGAUGGGGGUGGGCUGCUCAGUCGAGUCAGUGUGGAGGUCCUCAUCAGAGAGUGCGGAUUCCGACAGCUGCAGUUGAUUCCGAGAAAUUCAACCGAUAUAAUUAGUAUAAGCAUAAUGGAAGACUUUCCCGUCAACUCAAUUAUCGUACGACCGGAAGAUUUUUAUCUGCUGGAUUUUAAUCGUCCGUCAUCUUACGAAUAUUCCAUUACAUCAUCAUCAUUCAGUGUGGACGAUAGCGGGAGUGUGUAUGUGAGAGAACCGUUGGACAGAGAGACUAGAGACUCAUACCAACUUGUCCUGCAAGUAACCGAUUUGUCUAACUCGGACAGAAUUGCACAGGCUGAAAUUGAAGUUACUUUACUUGAUGUAAAUGACGUCAUACCAACAUUUGAUCCAUUAUCGACUCCAGAGUCUCCAUACGUGGCUUUUUUGCGGGACAACGAAACAGUUGGUAAUCAAGUAUUUAGAGUGAGAGCCAUAGACCAAGACAGCGGGGCUAAUGGUGACCUCACCUACUCUAUAUUGGAAAACCCUUCAAAUGCAUUCACAAUUGAUGCAGUUACUGGUGUGAUAUCGUUGAUUGUUUCCCUGGGUGAUCUACAACUCGACACGUUUAUAACAAUUGUGGUGCAAGUGAUCGACCGUGGUACCCCUCCCCUCAACAGCACUGCUUCAAUCUCCGUCCAUAUUGUGGAUUCGAACGCUCCUAGAUUCUCAAUGGAUGUGUAUAAUGCAAGCAUCAGUGAAGACUUUGAAAUCGGCGUCCCUGUAACUACGGUGAAUGCAUUCUCAACCACACCUGACAUUACUUACAGAUUCGAUGAUGAUACCUUACCAUUUGAAAUUGGCCGCAGAGACGGUGUUGUGCGAGUGAGAGAUCCUGGGUUGGAUUACGAAACAAGGACGCUAUACACUUUGACUUUAGUUGCGGAGGAUUCUUCAACUGCCAACCUGCUGCAAGGAAGGGCUAGACUGGAUAUUACUGUGCUGGACAUCAAUGAUAAUGUUCCUGUGUUUGAGGAAGAGGGAAGUUUCUACACGACCCGAGUGAGAGAAGAUGUCUCUGCUCCCUUUAUGGUGUUACAAGUCUCGGCUACUGAUCUUGAUUCACCGUCCAACGCUGGUAUUACCUACUCCAUCAGUAAUGAUUUAUUCGCUGAUACAUUCAGGAUUGACUCUUUGUCUGGUGCCAUUUUCACAAGAGUUAGUCUAGACUAUGAGCAGUUCAUAGUUUACGAGUUUGAUGUCCUGGCCACUGACAGCGGAUCCUCACCACAAACUGGAACGGCGACAGUACGUAUUGGAAUCGAGAAUAUUAACGACAGCCCGCCAGUAUUUGAUGCGCCCUCCUACACUGCAUCUAUAUCUCAGAAUGACCCUAUUCUUCUGUUCGUGACGGCCACAGACGCUGAUGAUCUAACUACACUAGUGUACGAUAUUGUUCCAGACUCGACCGAUAGCAACAACUUUGGAAUAUCAUCCAACGGCCUGAUAACUCUCAAUCUGGGAGUAACUUUAACGGAAGCAUCGUAUCAGUUAAAUGUGUCCGCAUUUGAUGGUUUGUUUUACGGCUACGCAACAGUAGUCGCACAAGUACAGGUGAACAAUGAUAACGCUCCCAUUUUCAACCAAUCCAUAUAUUUGACAUCCAUCAUCGAGAACACGGACAGUCAAUUUGUCGUACAAGUGUUGGCAACGGACGACGAUCAAGGUACCAACGGGGAAAUAACGUACAGCAUUUCUUCAACUACAACAGUGUUUCAAAUCAAUGUCAAUACCGGCAUGAUAACUACCACCGCAAUUGUUGAUCGUGAGACUGAUCCCUCGCUCACAUUCAAUGUAGUUGCUAGGGACGGAGGAGGUAGAACCGGAUUGGCUGAAGUCAGAGUGACUGUCGAAGAUCAGAACGAUAACAGCCCAGAGUUCACAGUGACCUCGUACACAGGGUAUGUGGUGGAGGGUUCCCCUGAGGGCACCGUUGUGGUCAGCCUCUCUGCUACAGAUGCAGACACCGGAGAAAAUGGACAAAUUACUUAUUCCUUUAUAGGAAUUGAUAGUCAGUUUCCGUUUGUACUGGAUGAAAAUGGAGUGAUAUCUGUGAUAAUUCCGCCUAGUUUUAAUACCCAAAGUCUGUACUCUGUUCUUGUGUCGGCCCGUGACAAUGGUGACUCACCGAGAACGGCCUCAGUAAUGGCAAACGUCACCAUCAAUGUAGCCGAAUCUAUUGGCAGCUCACCGGUGCUAACCAACCCUCUAUCAGUGAGCAUACCGGAGGAUGCACAGAGCGGCUCUUUAGUGGUGCAGCUUACGCUAACAAACACCAGCUGUGUAGACCCUGAUCUCAACAACGAUCCGAACCCUCUCUUUUUUCUCCAAUCAGAUAACGAACAGUUUGAUUUGUCUGAUAGCGGAGCGAUUACUGUGAGGUCUAACUCGCUUACUGUGGGAACAUACCCAUUUAGUGUUACCAUUCGAUGUUUAAGCCAGAACUUUUUUCGGUUUUUAACUAUCAAUGUAGUGGACAUCAACAGUCCACCAAUGUUCGUAACAGCUGCCUCUGAUCGUGUGAUUAGCUACGAGGUGAACAUAGUUGAGAACACAUCACCCAAUUCUCCAUUGUCCAUCACAGCUAUUAACAGAUUUGGGAUACCAGUAUCAGAUUCUGUGGUGAGAGCUCAAGAUUUGGACGGAGGUGUGAACGGAACAUUUACAUUCUCGCUAGGAGACGAAGAUGGAGAGACUGAUAAUCAGCUGUUCAGAAUUGAUCCCGAUGUUGGACAGAUAACUGUUAUUUCAAACUUGGACUACGAUUUUGACCCUCAAGCUCGAGUGUAUGGCUUCCUUGUCAUGGUGGUGGACGGAGGGACUCCCCCUCUCUCUGCUUCAGUGAGAAUUGUUGUAACUGUACAGGACGCCAACGACUUGCCGCCAGUGUUUGAACCUGUUACCACGGUAGAGGUACCCGAGAAUACACAACCGGAAGUGGUCUUUUAUACUGUUCAAGCAACUGACGGUGAUUCUGCUCCAGAAAACAAAUUUAUAAGAUAUGAAAUAACUGGGGGACCUUUUGUAAUCGAUCACCAAACUGGAGAAAUAUCUACUGCAGAAUCGCUGGAUAGGGAGACAACAGCUGCUUAUAACCUCACAGUAAUAGCUAGAGGUGCUGAUAGUCAAGGCAAUAUUGGAGGCGGUUUUGGUAGUGAUAUAGUCACUCUACCUAUCGUGGUAACGGAUGUAAACGACCAACCACCUGUCUUCAAUGAGACCCAAUACCUUAUCCCCCUUACUGAAAACUACCCAGCUGGGAUCGUCUUCAUACAAGUGUUCACCACGGAUGCAGAUGAAGGAGAUAAUGCACAAGCCGUGUACUCAAUCGAAGAACAACCUGAUAAUAUCGUCACCAUUGACAACACAACAGGAGAAAUUAGUUUUCUCACGUCACCUGACUACGAAUUUUCCCCACAACUUGAAAUUCAAGUGAGAGCCACUGAUGUGGGGGACGUCAAUCUCUUUGAUGUGGUUACUGUUGCCAUCGCCCUCGAAGAUGUGAAUGAUAAUCGCCCGGUAUUUUCGCAAGAAAUAUAUUCUGAAAAUGUUCUGGAGAAUCUGGAUGCAAGUACUAGUGUUGUUCGAGUUGAGGCCAUUGAUGAUGACUCAGAGGAAAAUGGCCUAGUCUCGUACGAAAUUAUCGGUGGUGGUGAAGACAUUUUUAGUAUCAGCAAUGGCGUGAUUACAACUAGGGUGUCAUUUGAUCGAGAGGUAGAGUCCACCUAUGAGAUAAUUGUUAUGGCAAUGGAUGCCGGUGUACCGAGACAGAGCAGCAAUGCUAGCGUAGUUGUCACCAUCCUGGACGAGAACGAUGAAACUCCCGUGUUUGACAGUAUUGUGUACACCGCACGUAUCUCAGAAUUUGACGAUCCUGCUGACGGUGCAUCCUUCUUGACAAUUAGAGCCUCGGACGACGACGAGGGUUCGAAUGCAAUGAUCAGCUACACACUAUCAGGAGUGGGUUUCACCGACUUUCAGCUGCGAGAGAACGCCGACGGAAGUGCUUCUCUGUUACUGGCCAAUCAACUUAACUACGAGAGAGUGAAUAUGUACAACCUCUCAGUGCGAGCCAUUGAUGGUGGCUUCCCAGCGAGGGAGGAAGCGGUCCAACUAACAGUAAUAGUCCUGGACGAAAAUGACAAUGACCCAGUGUUUAGUGAUUUUGAUAAUGAAGUGAGUUUUGCUGAAGAUACAGACAUUGGCUCAGUCGUACUCUCAGUGUUUGCUACAGACAGAGAUGUCUCUGAUGUGCUGUCCUACUCUAUAGAGGCUCGUAACGGAAACACAUUUCCUGACUUUGCUAUUAACUCCACCUCUGGAGAUGUCUACAUUGCUAGGUCGCUUGACUACGAGAGCACUCAAGCGUAUAUCCUGCCCAUAGCUGCACGAGAUCAAACCAGUCAACCGAGAUCAGCGAUUGUUGAUGUCACCAUCAAUGUAUUGGACGUGAAUGACAACCCACCCGCAUUUCUACAUGGCGACACUAGUGUCCUAAAUAUCACAGAGAAUAAUCCUCCCAAUAUGUUCCUGAUCCGAUUUGAAGCAGACGAUGUAGACAGUGUCAGUAAUCAGAACCAAAUCAGUUUCGCUAUCGAGUCAGGUGACACUAAUGUGUUUGAGUUAGACCCGGUAAUGGGGAUUUUUAGCGUAAAAACAAUUCUUGAUCGAGAGAAGAUAUCAAGCUACCCUGUCACAAUUUCAGCUACUGAUAAUGGCGUACCAUCUUUAACUGCCUUUACAAGCAUCACCGUUGUUGUGCGAGACGUCAACGAUAAUUCCCCCACUGGAGGUCAUCAAGAUAUCUACUUGUACCUACUGGAUGGUCGCGCUCCAAUGAUAUCGCUUGGGAAAGUAUUUGUGAAUGACUCUGAUAUUAUUAACGAGCACAGUUAUACUGUGAGUGGAAACAUUGGUGAAUCAAUACGUGUUAACGCAGAUGGUACCAUAGAGAUAAGAACGGAGACUCCAGAGUCGACCAUGAUCACAGUUUUUAUUGCCGACGGUGCCAAUGGACAGGCAAUGACUACUAUAGCGUCGGUCAUUCGGAACAUUACAUCAGCAUCUCUGGUGAACAGCUUCAGUAUGCAACUCAUGUCCAUCACUCCACAGGAUUUUGUCGACAAUGUACUAAGUGGCUUCAUCUCCAUGACUACCUCUAUCCUCGGAGAGAGUCUCUCUAGAGAACUGAAUGUGAAUGUUUUCAGUGUCCAAGAGUCCACAACUUUACCCGAUAACCUAGACAUUUUCAUAUUAGUGGAGGACUCUGAAAAUGGAGAGUUUGUGCAUCCUACUCUUGUGCAGCAUCUACUGCACAUUAAUCGAGGUAGUCUUGAAACAGAACUGAGAGUUAAUAUUAGGACAGAAUUUGUUGAUCUAUGCUCGUCUGAGAGUUGCAAUCCAGGAGAUAUCUGCUCAAACAGCUUCAGCUAUUCCAUUAGCCCUACAUCAUACGGUUCACAGUCCACCACAUACUUGGGCAUAGCUACUGAGCACACAACAUCUUGCAAACCAGUACAGCCAACAUCUUGUGAGCUAUUCACAGGCUGUGUCGAGCCAGCGUACUGUUUUGAGAGGUCAGAGAAUGAAGCUAUUUGUCAAGACAGCUGCAGUACCAAUCCCUGCAAGAAUGGAGGCACCUGUCAGCCUCAGUUACCUGGCUACUAUUGUGUUUGUCCAGCUGGUUUUGAGGGAAGAAACUGCGAACUCACUGGGGCAACAUUCACUGGAGAGUCUGACUCUUAUGCCAUUUUCCAAUCUAUACCAAGACGUCAAAGUGGAAGUAUUUCAAUGGAAAUUUCUACUCUGAGCAACAAUGGUCUGCUAUUCUACAUAGGAAGGUUUGAUUCGGAGUACGCUGAUUUCAUUGCUCUGGAGUUGGUUAGUGGGCGGCCAUCAGUUGUUGCUUCUUAUGGAGCUCGAGGGGACGUGAGGACACCGGACAUUGGGCUAUUGGUGAACGAUGGCUCUUGGCAUCAGCUCACUGUUGAUUAUAAUCCCACUGGUGUGACACUCACCGUGACGAUGUACAACCCAUUCACUGUUGAACAGCGAUCUGUUUCCAUCAGCGACUUCAGGAUUCUGGACUUAGGGGGUCCAUUGAUUUUCGGUCAUUUGCCGCAGAGUUUUCAAUAUGGCGUGACAUCAUUUGCAACACCAUUUGAAGGAUGCAUUAGAAAUGUGAGACUGAACACUGAACUGGUUGACUUCAGCGAGCCACUGUUUGAAUCCAAUGUCGGGAGCGGCUGUCAAUCUAACCGAUGCUCUGAGACCACAUGCAAAAAUAGUGGACAAUGUUUGGGGACCAUGACCAACUUUGAUUGCAUUUGCAGCAGCUCGUUUGCAGGGACUGAUUGCACACAAGUUUCUGAAACGGCUUCUUUCACUGGUAGCAACUACAUCCAGUAUGAGAUCGUGACCACUUCUGUCCGGCCAUUGCGCCAGGCCUCUACCAUGAUGUACACUACUGCUCAGAACGAGAUUAGACUGUCACUAGCUACUACUAUGCCAUCUGGAAUAAUACUGCAACUUGGAGAUCCAUCCAUCUCACAGGAAUACAUUGUACUAGAGGUGAUGAACGGUAAACUGCAGCUUCGUUACAACCUUGGGAGUGGAGAGGCACUGUUACAGCAAAACACAGUCCGACUGGAUGACCGACAAAGCCACAACGUAACCAUCACAAGAACAGAGAGAGUAUUAGAAGUGAUCAUUGAUGGCUUGUACGUCAACCGCACAACAUCACCUGGUUUAGAAGCUGCUCUGGAUAUAACUGUGGAUGCCAUGUACUUGGGGGCCGGUUUUAACGGAACAGUUACCAACGGGUUCACAGGUUGUGUGUCUGGCUUCUCGCUCGAUCGUAAAGACGUACCAUUUGGUAUAGACUCGACCGAUUUCUCCGUCUUGACAACCUCAGAGGGGAUUGUUGGAGGUUGUCCGAUUGGGACCCUCUUUGAGAACCCCCAGCCAGACCAAAAUGUGUUCCCUAUCAUUGCCGCUAUAGUAAUAGGACUCUUAAUCAUCUCAGCUACAUUUGUCAUCGUCUGUAUGGUCGGUCGGUGGUGCAAAAAUAGAAGGACUGGCGAACACACAGUGAACCUGAGGAGAAAUUCAACACGGAGGAGCUGGAAUUUCAGAGAGAGGACUACCUCACCCUUGCAAGAAGGGUUUCAAUGGCAACCAGCUCCGACAUACAAGCAUGACAUGGCUGAACCACCAGGUGUCUACAGGAGUACACCGGAACAUAUCCCUGAUACAGCUAACAAUUUUAAUAUGAACAAUCGGAACACGAGUCCUGCACAUAAUUUUCCCACCACUAGUGUGGCCGAGACAGGCUUCAACGCACCUAGUCAACGGGCCUCAACCAGAAGUCAGCAACAGGCUAGAAUACCUCAGCCGCAAGAGGGUUUUGCAUUCAGUCAACCCAAUCUAGGCUACCGUGACGACAUUGACCUGGGACAAUCUGCUGCAAAUGUAGAGCCCACACACCUGCGAUCUUUAUCAGGCCAGCAAUCUAUACUAUCGGCAAGCACUCUAGCACCAUCUAGUCUCCAAGAUGAUACUGAGGUCACCAACUACUUGGGGAAAAGACUAGGCAUAGCCAACAGUGAAAUUGUUGAGCUCAAUUUAGACGAAAUACGACACUACAAAGAGGAGGGUCCCUAUCUACCGUUGGGAUCUGUCGAAUCACUCAUGGAUUUUGUCAACGAGCUAGAUCCUAAUUACAGACGGGAGAGAAAAGAGAUGUAUCAAUUUCCCGCUGACACACCUGCUGCAUCGCGUGAGGGUACUUUAGCCAACUCCCACAACCCUGCAGCUAGCCAUGUCCCCAUUGUGUACCAGCUGCCACCUCGAACCCAAACUAAAGAAGAUGUUUCGAAUAAGAUGGAGAAACCUAGCCCACUUACUGGCCAGAGAUUUAAAGAUGUCCCUGAAGACAAAGUUCAAGAGCCCAAGGCAGCAAAGAUGGAGAGGGGGAGACAGAGGAAAACAACUCGGAGCUCGGGUCGAGAAUCUCACCCAAAUAGAAUGGAGAGUAUUUUAGAACGAUUUCACAAUAUAGCAGCUGGGCACAUACCAGAUGAAGGAAGGCUAGUAUAGGUCAUGCAAACAGAAUUCUUAAGCAUCAAUUUUUAUUGAAUAAUGUAGAUUUUUAUACAUAAUGUUUUUAAUUCUCAUUGGCAAACUUAAUUAAUGCCAGCAAUAAUUAUAAAUUUAAAAAGAAAACGACGACCAUA